AUGUUUGGACGCCGACGGCCUAUUGUUGGCGGUGGUUCGAGGGCAGCGGCGGGAGGAGGCCGAUUUGCGAGAUUGAGGGAGGUUUCGGGAGGGAUUUUCUCGCUUAAACGGAGAAGGAGCCUGAAGUUUAGGACCGCGGCUCGUCUCUGUGAAGUCUGCCGGAAGUUCAGCGUGACCGGACGGGUUGAACGACAUGGUUCGCCUGCUCACAGCUCGACCCGUCGAAUUUCACUAUCGCCGGCUAAUUUCUCCCUCAGACGCUUGAAAUCGGGUUCUCAAAAUUACGCUCCUGUCAUGAAUGUUUGGACGCCGACGGCCUAUUGUUGGCGGUGGUUCGAGGGCAGCGGCGGGAGGAGGCCGAUUUGCGAGAUUGAGGGAGGUUUCGGGAGGGAUUUUCUCGCUUAA